AUGACCGACUACCUGACCAAGCUUCCUGCCGAACUCUUCCUCGACAUCUGUCAGCGCGUUCAGGACGCGAAAGAGGGCCCGUAUCUCGGGGCGGUCUCGAAGGCGUUCCUCCCUUUCGCACGAGAGGCGACAUUCGGCGACACGAUUGUCAAGACGUACGACCGCCUGCAGAAGCUCUGCGAUCUCGCCCUUCAAAGUGCCAGCGCCAUAGCGAGCGUCGGAAGUCUAUACCUUGAGCUGAAGAACAAGCCAGACGACGGAACACCUCGAGCUGUCGACUUGACGGGUCUCUUCGCCGGGCUUACGAAUCUUGAUGUCCUCGGUAUCGAGAGGGCGCCACGUAUCGCCAAGAUGGUGCUCGCUCCAACGGGCGCGCGCCGUCUCCUGCCUCGCCUGACGACCCUUCGCAUUCACGACCCGCUCGAAGGCUGGGCCAACCCCUUCGCGAUCAGCCACUACGCAAACCUUAACCGAUACCCAUCGCUAUGCAAACUCACACUCCAUGUCGAACGCGAACUCGACAGUCUCGGUCGAUACCGCGUGACGAGGGAACCAGACUGGGCGCCUUUUUGCUGGUCCGUCACGCUUCGCGGACCUGUGCUCAACAACCCGGCUGCUCGCGACUUCGUGCACUGGCUCAGGGCCAGCGAUGCGCUCUAUCUCCACGAUUACAGCACGGCCCGCACGGAUGAUUCCUUCGCUUCCUUCCUCGAUGUCGUACGAGACCCGCAAGAGGUCAAUGGUCUCUCCUUCCUCCGACUCUCGCAGCCAACAGAAGACCUUCACGUCGCACUCAGGCGUUUCACAAACCUCUACGGCAUCGAGUUCCGCACCGGCACAAGUCUGCACAGCUGUCUCGAGACGGUGCGCGGCCUGAAACACAUUGAACGCCUGUACUUCUUCACCGGCGCCGAAGUCUCUACGACAGACCUCAAGUCGCUCGUCAGCGGCCCAGACAAGCUUCCUGUCCUGUCCCUCGUCGGGAUCAACCUGGUGUUCGACCACUGCGAAUACCUUGCCAUCGACUUGGGUGGCGAACCUGACGACUGGGAAGACGAGUUCGAGUACAGCGACGUUCCUCAAUACGACGGUUGGACGGAUGUCUUCACGCUCGCGGGACUGGCCGACUUGCUGAAGCUCGCAGACAAGGAGGGCAUCGAAUUCGAAGGACUCGCCGUCAAGCUCGCUCGCAAGGAGUUGGCGUACCGCAAGAGGCUGCGCGAGUCUGAGGAGGCGAGGAAGAAGCGGCUUGCGGCGGCAAAAGAGGCGGCCAUGAGGGCGCAGCUUGAAGCGGACUAG